AUGCGCAGAUAUAGCCUCGCUGAGCAUGCGUGCUCGUCUGGUAGUUCUCAGCUGCUGUCAAACUGCACAAGGAGACAUACGGGCCGAAGGGGUUGUGGGUAUUGCUCGCUCGUUCUGGGGGCUGGUGCGAGAGCAGUGGUUGUGUCUUUGUGGGCUAUUGAUGAUGAAGCCACUUUAUCUUUCAUGGAACUGUUUUAUAAUCACCUGGCCAAACAAGGACUCUCCGUGUGUCAAGCGUUACAGCGAAGCAUGUUAACACUACAAGGGAGAGAAGAGUUUAAAAGAAUCUCUGACUGGGCGCCAUUUUAUGUCAUUGGAGAAGACGUGAAGUUCAGUAAUGAAGAAAUGGAGCAAUGGAGGAAUAAAGCCGCCCCAGGCAACAAAAACUAA